AUGAAUGUAAAUCAAUAUUUCUUCUUCUUUGUAUUUAUUCUUAUUCAACAAAUAAUAUUAAUAAAAACUUAUACAUUUAAUUCAUCAAUUGAUAAUUUACUUUAUGUUACGAAUACUUCAACAUUAUAUGCAAUAUCAUCAUCACAUUUACAUCAAUUACAUUGGUCAACAACAAAUCAAACAUUAUUAUUACUUCAUCGACGUGUACAACUUCAUUCAUCACUUGAUAAUGUUGAAAAUGGUGUUAGUGUUUUUCUCUAUGAUUCAUUACGACAUUUAUUAAUAAUAUGUUCACGUUCAUUAAUUGGUCGUUGUAUAUUCUAUGAUGCCGAUGAUAUAAGUCGAAUAUAUAUUCUUGAUUCAACAAUUGAAACAAAUUAUCUUGGUUGUUUAUCGGGUUGUUAUACAUUUUUAUCAUCAAAUAUAAUUCGUUCAGCUUUAAUAGGAAAUCGUCGUGAUAGAAAUGGUAAUAUAAUAAAUUCACAAAUUGAAUUAAAUAAAGAUUUACACUAUUUUAAUAUAAAAUAUCAAUUUCAAUCAAGUGAUGAUACAUUAAUAACAUCAUUAACAUUUUUACCAGAAAAAAUAUCAAAUAUUGAAUAUAUUUAUGGGUUUGAUUAUCAACAAUAUACAUAUUAUUUACUUAAAUCUUCACGUUUAGCACGAUUAUGUCAAGCAUCGAUUGCAAUGCAUAUGAGUUAUGAAGAAAUUCCAUUGAUAAAUUGUCGGAAUAAAUCAACAAUUAUUACCGGAGCUUUUUAUUUAAAUCAAAAUUUUGAUUAUUUAUAUAUUAUUUAUGAAAAUACAAUUUGUGUUUAUACAAUGAAUGAAAUAAUACGAGCAUUCGCAGCAUCAAAAAUACAAUGUCAAAAUGGUAUUGGUUAUCGUCUUACACAUAUUAUUGAAAAUGAUGAAGGUGGACGAUCGAAAUGUGAAAAAACAAUCGAACAAAAUUUGAAUGAAAUCAAUCAGUGUACUUGGCAACCCUAUCGAAUAAAUACAUAUAUGGAUGGUACUGUCGGUGCUAUUGGAGAAAGACUUUAUCAAAGUGUAGAUUCAAAUGUAAAGAUUAUAUUUAUUUUUACUCAAGAUAAUAUUGUUGUUAUUGGUACAAGCCAACGACAUGUUCUCAAGUUUAUUCGUUCUAAUCAAACUAUUCUUCAUCUUGUUCAUGAAGCAAUCUAUUAUAAUGAACCAUUUAAUAAUCAAUAUGUUGUUGAUUACGAACAUGAAUCUCUUAUAUUUGCUGUUGGUAUUGAGCUUCAUCGUUAUGCUUAUAAUUCAUGUUCUCUCUAUGAUACAUGUCAAUCAUGUAUUGGUAGUCGACGUUAUGAUAAUAAACCAUGUAUUUGGUCCAAUGGUAGAUGUUCUUUAUCUUCUAAUUCAAACAUAAAUGAUCGUGGAUGUCCAUUAAUAAUUAAUGAAAUUCAACCAAUGAAUGCUGAUGUAAAUAUAGAAUCAAUUACAUUGACGAUCACCGGUUCAUUUGAAGGAGUUCAAGCACAUUUAGUAACUAUUCUUGUAACAUUUCCAUUAUCAAAUCAACAUGAUUUUGUUUGUACAAUUGAACAUAUACAAAAUGACAGUUUAACUUGUAAUUUAAUUAUUCCAAAACAACCAGUUCAAGGAAUUAUUUCAAUAAAUAUUAAAUCUGACAGGGAAUUAUCUAUGGGUGAUACUGAUAUUUUUGGUUCUGUUAAUUUUCCAGAGAAAUUUAAUAUUUAUAUUCCAAAAGCAAUUCUCAAACCUGAUUAUGGUCCAGCUAUUGGUGGAACAAAAAUUCAAAUAGAAAAUUUAGAUUUUAAUCUUUAUUCAACUGUAAAAAUUCAUUUAGGCAAACAAGAAUGUCAAAUAUCAAAAUAUGAUUAUUCAACUAAUGAAAUUGAAUGUAUUAAUCAAGCUUGUAUGAAUGAUAAAGAACGACUGGAAUUAAAUAUUCAAGUUAAUAAUCAUCAAUGGCAAUUAGAAAAAACAUAUUUUCAAUGUCGUGCUAAUCCGAUUAUAUUUGAUUGGUAUCCGAAAAAAUCGAUAAUAAGUGGAGGAAUGAAAUUGAUUAUAUCUGGUCAAAAUCUUGAUGUAGUACAAAAACCUAUGAUGAAAUUUAUUUAUAAUUCUUCAAUUUUUGAAUUUAUUACAGUAUGUGAAAUUAUUUCAACAGCACAAAUGAUUUGUUUAUCACCAAUAAUUGAUAAAAAUCUCGAUUUAAUUCCACCAUUUGAUAUUCAUGUAUCAUUUAUUAUGGAUAAUAUGAAAAUAAUACCUGAACAUGAUAUUUUAAUAAUUAUUGUUGAUCCAAUUUAUUAUCCAUUUGAAGAUUCUAUUCAACAAAUAAAUUCAUCAAAUAUUGUUCAAUUUGAAGGAUUAAAUCUUACUGAAACACAUUCAAUUGGUGAAAUCAAUAUAGAAAUAGAUAGCAUUAAUAAUGCUUGUAUUCCAUUUAAUUUUACUGAUACUCAAUUGUUAUGUUUAUUAUCGAAAAAUGCUAUGAAUAAUUUUGAAAAUUCUGAUCUACAUGUUCGAAUUCAUGUAGGUGCUAAUUUAACAUUUUCAAUUGGAAAAAUUUUAUUUCAAAAUCAAAGUCAAUCAUUACCAUUAUUAACACCAUACAUGUCUGAACAAUUUGGUCCAAUGACAACAUUAAUUUUCAUAGUUCUGUCUUCAUUAACAAUUCUAACUCUUCUCUUUACAUUAGUAAUUUUAACUCGUCGUCGUUUUUAUCAUGGUUCUCAAGAAUUUCAUAAAGAAACUAAACCACCACAAUAUUAUCAAUCAAUUUGGUCGGAGUUGGGUAAAAGUCGACAGAUCAUUCGGAAAAAUCUUAUAAUUCAUGAAAAAGUUGGUCAAGGUUGUUUUGGUGAUGUUUAUCGAGGCGAAUUAAAACAAAAUAAAAAUAAAUCCCUUGAAGUUGCUAUUAAAGUUUCACGUGAUCAAAAUGUUUCGUCAAUGCAUGAAUUUUUAUACGAAGCUAAUCGUAUGAAAGAUUUUUCUCAUCGAAAUAUUCUUUCAUUAAUUGGUGUUACAUGGGAUCCAUCUCGUAAAGCAAUGGUACUUUUACCAUACAUGAAAAAUGGUGAUUUAAAAAGUUAUAUAUCAAAUGAAAAACAUCAACCAACUGUACGACAAUUAAUAACAUGGGCUAUUCAAGUAGCUGAUGGAAUGGAAUAUCUUUCUUCAUUGAAAUUUGUUCAUCGAGAUUUAGCAACAAGAAAUUGUAUGUUAGAUGAACAAUUAAUAUGUCUUAUAUCAGAUUUUGGUCUUAGUCGAGAUGUUAUCGAUCGAGAUUAUUAUGUUGUACCAACAACAACAACAAAAGAGAAUGAUGGAAAAUCAAUUCCAAUGAUGCCAAGACGUUUACCUCUGCGAUGGUUAAGUCCAGAAUCUAUUGAAUCAUCAAAAUAUACAAUUCAAUCUGAUGUGUGGUCGUUUGGUGUUCUUCUUUGGGAAUUAAUGAGUCGUGGUAAAACACCCUAUCCAGGUAUUGAUAAUGCAGAUCUAUUGACUUAUAUAAAAAAUGGUUAUCGUCUUCAAAAACCAACAUAUUGUCCGCCUUUAUUAUAUAAAUCAGCAAUGGCUCUUUGUUGGCAUAUUGAUCCAACACAACGUCCAACAUUUACACAACUUGCUCAUGAUAUUCGUCAUAUACUUCAUCAACUUGAAGUUGAACAACAACGAAAACAAUCAUCAUCUGCUGAUGAUGAUGAUACAACUAUUGUACAACGUUAUCCAAUAGAAAGAAAACUAAAACAAUUAUCAACAACAUCAUUAUCAUCUACGAGUAGUAUUGGUGGACAAUAUAUAACUACACCUCAUCGUCAAUCAGAAAAUAUACAACUACUAUUUGAUCGAAAAGAAGGUGAUGAUGAUGAUGAAGAUGCAUAUGCAGUACCAGUGAAUGCGAGUGCUGAAGUGUUUAGUACAACUAGACUAUUACCAGAAUAUACUGAAACGAGCAUUGUAGAAGAUGUUUAA